AUGUCCGCUUCGAAAGGAGACCGCUCACGUGUGGACGGCUUCGAGAUCGAGAUCUUCAAACUCGUCAAGGAGGAGGCGACUGCGGGGCAGUGGAAGCAGUGGCUUCGAACACCUCUGGAGCAUGCCGCGGCCAAAGGAAACUUGGAUCUCUUCACACGGUUGAUGGACGCUGGUGCCGGCGGGGAACCAGGUUGGCGGGGUUGGGGUUGCCAUGAACGGACACUGCUGGGUGCGGCUGCUUGCGGCACCAAAAGCGACAAGAUGAUCUGGGCUUUACUCGAGGCUGGGGUGACGGAUGAUGUGAAUGCCGUCUUCGGGACUGAACGCGAGUCCGCGCUCCACGUUUCGGCAGCGCGGGGAGCAGAGGAGGCCUCCAAGGCGCUCAUGGCCGCCGGGGCAGACCCGGAUCUGGGUAAUUUUGAGGACGAGAGUCCGCUCCACCUCGCUGCCGAAGCCGGGCACGACCGAGUUGUACGUGUUCUUUUGGAACGGGCCAACGUAGACGCGACGAGUGAUUUCCAGGUGACUCCUCUCCACCUCGCUGCUGUCAUGGGCCAUACGCUGUGCGUCUCUGAGCUUUUGAUAGGCGGUGCAAACAAGGACGUUCUCGAUCUUCAAGGUGAAACGCCACUGAAAAGGCGGUCAGAAACAACCAUCUCGGGGUUGUCGAAAAGCUGCUAG